UAAGUAAGAUUAAGUAAGUCAGUGGUGUGAGCAUAUAUAUAUAUGUCGAGGUCGAGGGACCCGCUAAUCAUCGGAAGGAUCGUGGGCGACGUCAUCGACUACUUCGACGCAUCAGCCCGGCUGAGGGUGUCGUAUGGCAACCGGGAGAUGACGGUCGGGUCCGAGCUAAGGCCGUCGCAGGUGGCGAACCAGCCCACGAUGCACAUCACAGGAAGAGCGGGAUCACUCUACACACUCGUGAUGGUAGACCCUGAUGCACCCAGACCAAGCGACCCUUCCGAACGGGAGUACCUCCAUUGGCUUGUCACAGACAUACCAGAAGGAGGUGACGUGGGCCGUGGAACCGAGGUGGUGGCGUACGAGAAGCCACAGCCGACAGCAGGGAUCCACCGUUUCGUAUUUGUGGUGUUCCGGCAGGCGGCACGGGAGGACAUCGCAGCACCAGGGUGGCGCUCCAACUUCAUCACAAGGGACUUGGCCGAGUGCUACAGCCUCGGCGCUCCAGUCGCCGCUGCCUACUUCAAUUGCCAGAGGGAAGGCAGCUGCGGUGGCCGGAGGUGGUACAGGUGA